CUAUAUCCUCCCUCGCAAUCGCUGAUAAAUAAUGAAGGCUGAGCUAAAUAUACCGGAGGGGUUCCGAUUUCACCCGACGGACGAAGAGCUCGUUAAGCUCUAUCUUUGCCGGAGAUGCGCAUCGGAGCCGAUCAGCGUCCCGGUAAUCGCAGAGAUUGAUCUGUACAAGUUCAAUCCAUGGGAGCUUCCAGAAAUGGCUUUGUACGGAGAGAAAGAAUGGUACUUCUUUUCACCUCGAGACCGGAAAUACCCAAACGGUUCGCGUCCAAACCGGUCAGCUGGAACCGGUUAUUGGAAAGCGACUGGAGCUGAUAAACCGAUCGGUAAACCGAAGACGUUGGGGAUUAAGAAAGCACUCGUCUUCUACGCCGGGAAAGCUCCGAGAGGGGUGAAGACGAAUUGGAUUAUGCAUGAGUAUCGUCUCGCUAACGUUGAUCGAUCUGCUUCUUCCAACAAGAAGAACAGCUUGAGACUUGACGAUUGGGUUUUAUGUCGGAUUUACAAUAAGAAAGGAACAAUGGAGAAGUGUUAUCCGGCGGUGGUGACUACUACGAGUACGUCGGACUCUAAAUGCUCGAGUCACGUGAUUUCACCAGACGUCGUCACGUGUUCCGACAACUGCGAGUCGAAAUGGGUUGAUGAUCUCAAGGACGAGUUCAUGUUUGGUUCCACGUUGCAAAAUGACUCUUUUGUCCCUCAGUUUCUGUAUCAGUCGGAAUUCGCCACACCGUACGAAGAUCCGCAGGAGCAAAAGCCGUUCUUGAAUUGGAGUUUUGGUCAUCAGGGGUGAAGUUACAAAGAGCAUAAAGGUUGAAGCUUUCUCAGAGUAUCCAGCCACCGCACACGAGGGGACUCGGUGUCGGAUUCUGACCCGUAAACCAAGUUGGGCCAUACAGUUACAGAAUUGGUGUCCACUGGUUGUUCUGACUCUUCAGCUAGAUUCGAUUUUUCUUUUGUUAUAAAUGUCUAAAAAGAUAUCGAAGUAGAAACAGAGGAACUGUACAAGCAACAGUGACCAUUAUAAAUCAUAUAUAUAUAUAUAUAUAUAUAUAUAUAUUCAUCAUAAUCAA